AUUCCCAGCAGCGGCUGUCAUCAUGGCGGCGGUGCUAGCCGAGACAUUAGCGGAGCGAAAACAGGCCCAUGAGCUGGAGAUGAACGGCGAGGCCGGGGAACGAGAAGACGCCGUGGACACAGUCGAGGAGGCGGCGAAAAAGAAGAAGAAAAAGAAGAAGAAGAACAAGUCAGCCGCGAGCGCAGGUCCGGAUGGGGACGCCGUGGCCGAGGUGACGAAGGAGCUAGAGAAGCAGGUUAUAGAGGACAAAGAGAAGGAGGAGGACGGUGAGGAAGACGGAGAUGAUGGAGAGAACUCGUCAGGGAAGAAGAAGAAGAAGAAAAAGAAGAAGAAAGGAUCCAAAGGUCAGACUGAUCCUCCGUCUAUUCCCAUCUGUGAGUUGUAUCCAAGCGGAGCUUUCCCCGUCGGACAAGAGUGUGAAUACCCCGCCUCACAGGACGGGCGCAGUGCGGCGUGGCGCAGCAGCAACGAGGAGAAGCGAGUGAUGGACAAAGCCAACGAGGAGGUGUGGAACGACUUCCGGCAGGCAGCCGAAGCACACAGACAGGUCCGGCAGCACAUCCGCAGCUUCCUGAAACCCGGCAUGACCAUGAUUGAAAUCUGCGAGCGUUUGGAGGAUUGUUCGCGGAAGCUCAUCAAGGAGAACAAACUGAAUGCCGGCCUGGCUUUCCCCACCGGCUGCUCCCUCAACCACUGCGCCGCUCACUACACUCCCAACGCCGGCGACGCCACCGUGCUGCAGUACGACGACGUCUGCAAGAUAGACUUCGGCACGCACAUCAACGGGCGAAUCAUCGACUGUGCCUUCACCGUCACCUUCAACCCAAAGUACGACAAGCUGCUGGAGGCUGUGAAGGACGCCACCAACACUGGCAUCAGAAACGCCGGCAUUGACGUGCGCCUGUGUGACGUUGGGGAGGCCAUCCAGGAAGUGAUGGAGUCCUACGAGGUGGAGCUAGAUGGCAAAACGUACCAAGUCAAACCGAUCCGAAACCUGAAUGGUCACUCCAUCGGCCAGUACAGGAUACACGCUGGCAAGACGGUGCCCAUCGUCAAAGGAGGGGAAGGGACGAGAAUGGAGGAGGGCGAGGUCUACGCCAUCGAGACGUUCGGCAGCACGGGUAAAGGCGUGGUCCACGACGACAUGGAGUGCUCUCAUUACAUGAAGAACUUUGACGUGGGUCACGUCCCCAUCAGGCUUCCGCGGGCGAAGCACCUGCUCAACGUGAUCAACGAGAACUUCGGCACGUUGGCCUUCUGCCGACGCUGGCUGGACCGUCUGGGCGAGAGCAAGUACCUGAUGGCCCUGAAGAACCUGUGCGACCUGGGCAUUGUGGACCCCUACCCGCCCCUGUGUGACACCAAGGGCUGCUACACGGCUCAGUUUGAGCACACCAUCCUGCUCAGGCCCACCUGCAAGGAGGUGGUGAGCCGGGGAGACGACUACUGAAGCCACACCCUCAACCACACACCCAAUCUGGAAGCGGCCCACUCAGAGCAGCAUGAGGGGCUUCCUGACUUUUCUUCUACUCUCUGUUCAACCCAGCAUUUGAAAAGUGAACUACUUAAGCUGACGGUUUUAGCUCCUCCCCCCUUAACAUCAGACACCAACCCGGCACGUUGCUCUGGGAUCAGAUUAAUCAAUAAAGCAGUCGAUAGCGUUGAUCGGGCUGAGCUUGGCGGCUGCUUUCCUACCGCACGUUUGGCUUGUCGCUCCAGGAGGGAACGCUCUUGCGUUCCUAAUGAUUUGCCUCGUUUUGAGCAGCCAGAGAAUGUUUUUGUAAGAAAAGAUUAAAAACAAAAUGUGCGCAUU